AGAGCGAGUUGAUCACGUGUACAUAUCAGCUGGAGUUUAUCGGUUCUCGUGAACACCGUCUCGUGAUCACUGUAUGUAAUUAAUAACACUUAUACCGGCCCUUGAGUAACAGCUAUACUCCUGGAGUUAUCGCCAAGCGGAAGAAACCGGAGCCGCAUUAAUCACAUUGGAGGAGACAGGAACUUCGUCUACUGCUGCGUACUUCAUCCUGAUAGAGGCGAGAUCGUGAACUAACACACAUACACCGAUGUUAAACUUCCAAUCAUGGCAAACAGCUCAAAUGAAUCUGGCGGGCUCCACUCGGACAGUUCCUCCAUGUUUCUCGGAAGCAGCGCCACCUACAGUGGAGAAUACAACGCCAUCUUCACCGAAAGGUAUCACUGGUCAACCAGCAACCCCGAGCAAUGUGACGAGUGUUGUUUGAAGUGUUGCUGCGGAGCUUGCUAUUUCCUUGGUUACGUGUUCUGCGUACGACCGAUGACACGUGCGAAACGUGCGCAGAUUGUAUGGAUAUAUUGUUUUCUCCUGGCAAUUGUUGGGGCGGCUGUGUGUGGUCUGGGCAUUUUUGGACCUUACGAAGAAGACAUUGCACCCACUGACAUGCGCAGUGUUGACAGGAAGAUAUCAACUCUUUUCUGUGACAGUCUCACUCUGGAUUCGAACUCUGAGUUUUCGGCGUAUCUUUUCGACACGCAACCAUACGUUGAUCCAGAUAGGUUACAAAAUUACUAUCAGCGAGAAUCGAUUUAUAUUGUUAAUGGUGAUUACAACUACUGGAAGUUUUAUCUUCUGGAGGGAUCUGUGAUAAAUGUGAUGUCGUGCUCCGACACAAACAUAGAUCUCUAUGUUAUCAAAGGUGAAGACAACUUUAUCACGUGGAAAGAACACAAAAAUUGUAACGACUGUUUUAUCAAGGCGAUACUGGUGACUAAAGACUGCAAGAACUCCAUGGAUCAUUACACGUUGAACGCUACAACGUCCGACGACUACUACUUCGUCUACAAAAACAACAUCUACGACACUUGGGUGACGGCAGAAUUCACAUUAACGAGGACGCUGUAUGACACUAACGGAUCCAUAUACAGUUGCUUGAACACCGUAGACUGUGACAUUGACCUUGACCUGAACUCAAACCAGGUCAUCGUGUAUCAUAUAUCUGAUGACAGUUUUCCUGAUGAUUUUUCCAUUACUACUACGUGCAACGCAAGGCCGAGUGUUUACGUUCUAGCCUUCUGCGCAUGUCCGCUCCUCUUAGGUUGUGUUUUGACUAUUUUCGUGUGUGUAUGUUGCAAGGACCCACAGAACAACGGACUCCGACAAAUCCGAGCUCCUCGUCGUCACGUAUUAUCUCGUUUCCCGAACGAGAGGACAUCGUUGUUAGCAGGUCGACCUAGGGCUGAGGUGCCUCAACCGCCGAGAUACGAAGAGGUUGAUUCCAGCGCCCCGCCUCCUUAUGAACACAUUUCUGCUUGAUAAUGAUAUACCUUAGAAUGAAUAAGUGAGUGAGUGAGUGAUGACUGUAGCUCACCUGUGUUUGAGUGAAUGAGUUGGUUUUAACCCAAUAUUCUAGAAAUAUAACGGCUGG